AUGGGAAAGACAAAGACAGCCGCGACGCCUGACGCGCAUGCGCCGGAGCGCCGCCUCUUCUACGGCUGCUUCGCCCUGUUGGGUGCGACGAUGGCCAUCUCGCACUUUGUCGCCUUGCCUGUCCUGCUGCAAAUGAUCGUUUACACUGUCUCCAUUGUCUACAUCGGCAGCCACGCCUCGCUGAAACAAAACGAAGUCGACGAAGUGACCGGCGAAAGAUCCAACAAAGGCGAGGCCAUGAACCACACAGACGCCAUGCUGUUCCCCGUCUUUGGAUCCCUCGCGCUGUGCAGCUUGUACAUCGCCUACAAGUUUCUCGACGCCUCGUGGGUGAACUUUCUGCUCACUCUCUACCUGACGGCGAUCGGGUUGGUGGCCCUCGGCGAAACCCUGCACGUCGCUCUCGUGCCGCUGUUCCCGGAUUGGGCGAAUGAUCCGUCUCGGAUUUCGUUCAAGUUCUGUUUGCCUCACAUUCCGUUUAUCUGUCCUCGGCCGGAGCUGUCGACGCCUAGCGCGAAGGAAGCCUUCGAGGCCUCGUGCACCUACCGCCUGUCGUACAGCCAACUUGGCGCGUACAUCCUCGCCGCGGGGUUGUCUGCUCUCUGGCUCUGGAAGAAGCACUGGGCGAUCCACAACCUCCUCGGCGUCGCCUUCUGCAUUCAGGCAAGUCGAAGGGAAAAGAAGAAACGAAGAAGCAGAGGAAGAACGGAGAAGGGAAGAGGAGCGGGGAGCAUUGAAGAUCUCAAGCGCGCCAGCGGGGUGUAUCUGGAGUUGCGUUUUUUCUCCCGUUCCUGGUCUGUCUCUGGAAGAACAAGUCCUGCGCGGGCGAUCAGCCUGGUGAGUGUAGGCAACUUCACAGUCGCGACGAUUCUCCUCUCGGGCCUCUUCAUCUACGACAUCUUCUGGGUGUUCGGCACCGACGUCAUGGUCACUGUCGCAAAGUCGUUCGAAGGACCGGCCAAACUCAUCUUCCCCGUCAACUUAGACCCGUGGCAACACAGCAUUCUCGGCCUCGGAGACAUCGUCAUUCCGGGCGUCUUCAUCUCCAUGUGCCUGCGCUUCGACUACUGGCUAGCCACUGCGUCUCUCGCGAAUGCCAGUGAAAAGAAGACCGCCGUCGAGACCUCCAUCGACAUUCACCAGAAAUUUAGCAAAUUCUACUUUUUCGUGGUCCUCGUCUUCUACGAGUUUGGACUCUUAACGACCGGCGUGAUCAUGCUCGUUUUUCAGCAUCCCCAGCCUGCUCUCCUGUACAUUGUCCCCUUCUGUCUCUUCUCGCUCUUCGGAGCUGCUGCUCUCAACGGCCAAGUGAAAGAAGUCCUGGCUUACCGAGAAGAUGAAGAGGAGAAACCUGCGGAAGUCGAGGGCGAAGCUGAGCCGACGGAAGAGAAAAAGAGCAAAUGA